CGGAGCGCGCUGGAGGCCCGCCCCCUCCCCGCUGGGUCGGACGCUGAGCGGAGCCACCGGCGGGAGGGCGGACGGACCGACUGACGGGAGGGACGGGAGGCGAGCAAGAUGGCGCAGACUCAGGGCACCAAGAGGAAAGUCUGUUACUAUUACGACGGGGAUGUUGGAAAUUACUAUUAUGGACAAGGCCACCCAAUGAAGCCUCACCGAAUCCGCAUGACUCACAAUUUACUCCUUAACUAUGGUCUCUACCGGAAGAUGGAAAUCUAUCGCCCUCACAAAGCCAAUGCUGAGGAGAUGACCAAGUACCACAGUGAUGACUACAUUAAAUUCUUACGCUCCAUUCGCCCAGAUAACAUGUCUGAGUACAGCAAGCAGAUGCAGAGAUUCAACGUUGGUGAGGACUGUCCAGUAUUUGAUGGCCUGUUUGAGUUCUGUCAGCUGUCUACUGGUGGCUCUGUGGCAAGUGCUGUGAAACUUAAUAAGCAGCAGACGGACAUCGCUGUGAAUUGGGCUGGGGGCCUACACCAUGCAAAGAAGUCCGAGGCAUCUGGCUUCUGUUACGUCAAUGAUAUCGUCUUGGCCAUCCUGGAACUGCUAAAGUAUCACCAGAGGGUGCUGUAUAUUGACAUUGAUAUUCACCACGGCGAUGGCGUGGAAGAGGCCUUCUAUACCACAGACCGAGUCAUGACUGUGUCCUUUCAUAAAUAUGGAGAGUACUUCCCAGGAACUGGGGACCUACGGGAUAUUGGAGCUGGCAAAGGCAAGUAUUAUGCUGUUAACUACCCUCUCCGAGAUGGGAUUGACGACGAGUCCUAUGAGGCCAUUUUCAAGCCGGUCAUGUCCAAAGUAAUGGAGAUGUUCCAGCCCAGUGCAGUUGUCUUGCAGUGUGGAUCUGACUCCCUGUCUGGGGAUCGGUUAGGCUGCUUCAAUUUGACCAUCAAAGGGCAUGCCAAGUGUGUGGAAUUUGUGAAGAGCUUCAACCUGCCUAUGCUGAUGUUGGGAGGAGGUGGCUAUACCAUCCGUAAUGUCGCCCGAUGCUGGACAUAUGAAACAGCUGUGGCCCUGGACACGGAGAUCCCUAAUGAGCUUCCAUACAACGACUACUUCGAAUACUUUGGACCAGAUUUCAAACUUCAUAUCAGUCCUUCCAAUAUGACUAACCAGAACACUAAUGAGUACCUGGAAAAGAUCAAACAGCGACUGUUUGAGAACCUGAGAAUGCUGCCCCACGCACCUGGGGUCCAAAUGCAGGCCAUCCCCGAGGACGCCAUUCCAGAGGAGAGUGGUGAUGAGGAUGAAGAAGACCCUGACAAGCGCAUCUCAAUCUGUUCCUCGGACAAACGAAUUGCCUGUGAGGAAGAGUUCUCCGACUCUGAUGAGGAGGGAGAAGGCGGGCGCAAGAACUCUUCCAACUUCAAGAAAGCCAAGAGAGUCAAAACAGAAGAUGAAAAGGAGAAAGAUCCAGAAGAGAAGAAAGAAGUCACAGAAGAGGAGAAAACCAAGGAAGAGAAGCAAGAAGCCAAAGGGGUCAAGGAAGAGGUCAAGUUGGCCUGAAGAGACCUCUCCAGUUCUGGCUUCUUGCCAAAUCCCCACCUUUAUCCCACAACCCUUCAGAUUUUAUAUUUUCUAUUUCUCUGUGUAUUUAUAU